AUGCGCUCCUACCUGAUCACAGGUUGUUCUCGAGGAAUUGGUUUCGAAUUAACACGCCAAUUGGCCAACUCUCAAGACGAUGUGACUAUCUUUGCUUCCUCUCGAUCUUCUGAUAACCCGAAGUUCCAGGAACUCUUGCAACAACACCCGAAGCGCGUCGUAUAUGUGCCCCUUGAUGUGACGGAUCAAAAAAGCAUAAAAAAUGCUGUGGAUAUUGUCACAUCGAAUCUAAACGGCGAAGGAUUGGAUGUUCUUAUCAACAAUGCCGGAGUCAUGUCUACUGGACCCAUUGAAGAGAUGAACGAUCUGGAAGACGUUUUUCGCCUCAACGUCAGCGGUGUCCAUAAUCUCACCAAGGCGAUUUUACCUCUGAUGAGAAAAGGAGAAGAAAAGAAAAUUCUUAACAUCUCAACUACUCUUGGUUCUAUAUCUUUGCAACCUACCAAGCGUGUUGUGACUACUCCUUCUUAUAAGAUCUCCAAGGCUGCUUUGAACAUGCUUACGGUGAUCUACGCCCAUGAACUUGAAAAUGAAGGAUUCACAGUAUUCUGUAUUAGCCCUGGCUGGCUGAAGACUGAUCUGGGAAGCGAGAACGCGGAUCUUCCCGUUGAAGUAGGUGUGAGCUCAGUUUUGAAUAUUCUUCAUACGACCAGCCAGGACGGCAACGGUCGCUUUUUCAACAUCCAUGUGCCUGGAUGGGAGAACGCGCCCGGCCUUGGCCAAUACGAUGGAAAAGAGGUGCCGUGGUAG